UGUGGGCACCUUAACAGCUGACAGGUUUGUUGUUUGCAUCGCUUUGUUUUCGCCCCAAAAGUUGAAGAAUUUAAUGAAAAUAAAGCAUUAAAAUGCAGAUAAAACCUAUAAUUACAUACUCUGGCUCAUGUCCGCUUUUUCGAUCGCUCGAGUCUCAAAUAUUAAAUGCAAUUCCUUUGGACACUUGCGAGUGGCGUCGCACCUUUCAGAGGCCAACAAAACAUGUCCGUUUGGAGGCCCAAGCACAGCAAUUUAAUGUGGAGCCACUGGAAAAAUACAAACAAGGCGAUUGGAGCAUAUUGGAUCAUCCCAUAUUGCACAUCUUUGUGACGGAAUGCAAUGACGUUGACACCUACAAGGCAACGAUACGGGAGGAAAUAGAUGCGUGGCUUAAGCUCUUAACCAGUUAUGGCAUAUCCGAUUGGAUGAUUUUGUUAGUGGAGACUCUGGACAUACGAAAGACAAAGAAUUUAUUACCUCGUACUACGGUGCUGGAUAAAAUCCGUUUGGAUUUUUGCAGUAAAAAUGAUGAUCGCUGCAUAUCCGUAUUGAAUCCGGCUAAAUUUGAGCAGAAAUCGACUGAAUCGUUCCGCUGCCUGGUGCAGCGAAUACGUUUUCUUAUGUUAACCAGUUACAAUCGCAAUAUUGCCAAAUACGAGGAGCUUAUAAGAAGCAAGAGGGAGAAACGUAAUCACGAUGAUUGGGACUUUCGUCAAUAUUUCUUUUUGCAGGAAGAUUUGGCGUUGAUAUUUGAGAAACUGGAACUGCCAACGGAGGCCUUAAUCCAAUAUGACGAACUGGAUGCCAUGUUCUCGCAGUUCAUCACACACACGGGCUUCAAUGAGAAACAACAAUGGUUGUCAUACUUUAAACGUCCGCUCAGCGCUUUUCACGGCAUUUGUCUGAGUCGAGUGGAUAGAUUUGAGAUGCGUCAGAAAAUACGCACCGAGGGCGUCUCCCUAUUGGAAUUCCGCAAUUAUUUGUUCGAAAGACAGGCGUAUCUGUUGCUCACAUGCAAUGAGAUACCGGAGAUUGCCAAGCGACUGUUGGGUUUUCUGUUUUCGACGCUGCGGGAAGUGGAGUACAUCAAGCUGGACUGCCAGGAAGGCGCUCUAUGCUGCUGGGAGUUUGUCUGUGCUCUGGAGGUGCUGCAACUGUGCGAGCAGGCCAUGGAACCCAAUGAGGUUACUUGCUUUCAGCACUGUGCGCCAAUUUGGAACCUUGCCAAGGAUAAACUCUAUGAACUGGGCAAACUAUGUGGCCUAUUGCCGGGUUGCACGCCCAGUUCUGAGCAGCUGCACAUUGUGGUGCAGCUAUCAUCGGGAAUAGGUGACGCACCACCGCAACAACAAUUCCUGCAAGCUAUGCCUCAGCUACGUGAUCGUUCUCCCAAUCGGAAGCCCAAAUUGUCGGCGGCGCAACAACUGAAAGAGGCACUGGGAUCAAAUCAGGCAUUCCAAAAGCUCUAUUUGGAGCUGGCUGAGUUGGCAAUUAGUACGUACAAGCAUGUGACACGAUUGCGAUCUGCCCGACUGGUUGGACUCGAUCUGGGAAAAUUCUAUUGCGCUUUAAAUGAACCGCACAAAGCGGUUGGUUUCUUCACGGAUUUGUUGCGCGAACUGAAGGCAGAGAAUUGGCACACGCUGAGUUCACAGACUUUGCUGGAAUUGGCCAAUUGCUAUCGCAAAAUGGGCGACUCUCUGGCCUAUACAAAAACUUGUAGUUCCAUCUCCUGUUGCGCCGAACUGGAGACACUUGUGCGCACAUUUUACUUUGAUGAGUUUCUCAAGUCCCUGAAAACACUAAACACAACUCUCUCAGCACAGUCAUCCAUGGAGAAUGCCAACUAUUGUGUGCUGGAGGAUCAUUUUCGUAUAGUCGACAUUGAGGUGCUCAAUUCAAAUCCCAUUAUUCAAGAUGAUCAUUUACUGGUACAGCUUAAAGUGGAAAGCUUGUAUCCCCGAGGUAUUGUCGCCGAGUGUAUAAAGCUAUGCUAUGAGCUGCAUGUGACCCCAGAGUUGGAGGCAGCACUGCAGCAGGAUGUUCCUCUGGUGCCGUCGAAGAACAAGGAGUGCACAUCCCGGCUGAAAGUCUCUCUACAGCUGUUCUACAAGCAGGACAGCUCGCUUACUUGCGCAUCAGUGGUCUGUGAUACGCCCAAGACAAAGCAACCGGUGAGACGCACCAGCAGCACCAAGCGGAAACUCUCACCCAGCGUUCAAGCAGAUUUCACGAACAUUGUGCAGGCGGAGAACAUUUCGUUGCAGCCGGGAACUAAUAUUGUGGAGCUUAAGGGAAAGGCGACCCGUGUUGGACGUUGGCAAUUCAAACAACUGUGCCUCAGCAUGUCCAGUUUGGAGUUUCUCUCGGAGCACUUGCAAAUGAACGAACAAUCGUCCAGUUUUGAGAUAUGCACCAAGCCGGCAAGUGCUACCCUGCAUUUUAAAACACUCGUAGCCGGAAUUGUGCAGCCAAUUAAUUUACAUGUGGCCGGCGGCAGUUUCAUUUUUCCAGCAGAUGCUAAAAUCACAUUACGCUGCUCGAAGAAUCUUCGCAUACGUCAGACAAUGCAGCCAGAUGAUCCAGGCUACGGUAAUGAUGCUACAUUUGAGAACGUGCUGCUGGUGCCGCUCUUGCAAUUCAAGUCGUUUGAAGAGCGAUCCAUUCCGCUGGAGGUGCUAACUGAUAUGCCCGGUCGCAAGGUGGCCAAGCACCAUGAACAUCAUAUUACCCUCAGUUGUCCCUGGUCGCGAAAUGAGCUCCAAAUACCCGUUGAAUUUCAGCCUGCUAUGGAGGCAACUUGCCGACUGCACACUUGCGGCACCCAGAAGUUUCUCCAGGUGAUUAUGAAGGGUCUGGAUGCUCAACUGCUGCUGCAGCAGGCUAAGGUCAAGUGUGAUGUGCCCGGUGUGCGUUUGCUCGACCUCAAUCCCGAUCCGCAGCAACCAAUUGAAAUCCAUAAAUCAUUGACCGUCACAUAUCUGUAUGAGAUUCAGGUGGAGCCGCUGAAAGCGGAGCAUGAGCUUCCCAUUGUUAAGGUGCACUUUGUGGUGAAAUAUGCGACCGUGUCACAACCGCAAGUGUGGCGCAAUUAUGGUUGUGCCUUCGAUCUCGUCGACUACUCUACACUCUUUAAGCUGCAGGCACAGCUGGAGCCCAAUGAACUUUGUCGCCUGCGCACCGUUUGCAACUUGAAUCUAAAGAUUACCAAGGUCAAUGAGAAUCCCUAUGUAGAUCUAAUGUAUGAAGUGCUAAAUGAUCAGAAUCUUUGGGCAGUUUGCGGACGCUCAGCUGAAAUGGGCGUUGUAUCCAUGAAGGAUGUGGACAGCCAUUCGAUAUCUCUGGAUGUUAUGCCCUUAAGUACUGGAUUUCUGCCCAUGCCCAGCAUACGUCUGUCCAAGUACACGGCGGGCGGCAAGAGCAAAACCGAUGGUCACUCCAAGGUGCAUCCAUUUCCGCCUGGACAAGUUUACAACUCGACUAAGAGCAUGCAGAUCCAUGUUAUAGCGAGUGUCAGUGGAGAACAGUGAAACAGUCAAACUAUUAUACUGUAUACAUAGCCAAGUAUUAUUUAUUAUAAUUAAGCAAUAAAUUGUUAUUUAGCUUAACCGUAAA